UUCAGAGCUCAGGUUAGAGAUGAGGUGUGCUGCUCUCUGAUGAGAACAAAGCUGACUGGGACGCAGGAAGACUCUCUCUGACGAGCUCCUCACAAAGCCAAGGACAUCUUUUGUGGACCACCAGUUUGGCAAGAAUGUUUCAGACGUUUAAAGAGUGGUUUUGGUUGGAAAGAUUCUGGCUUCCUCCAACAAUAAAGUGGUCAGAUCUAGAAGAUCGUGAUGGACUCGUCUUUACCAAGCCUUCUCAUCUGUAUGUGACAAUUCCAUUUGCAUUUCUCUUGAUGAUCAUCAGACAUUUCUUUGAAAAGUUUGUUGCCACACCUAUAGCAAAAUCAUUUGGCAUUAAAAAAGCAGCUCAAAAAGUUAUACCAAACCCCAUCUUAGAGAAUUUUUUCAGAGCUUCCACAAAGCGACCAUCACAUGAUGACAUUUAUGGACUGGCAAAGAAGAGUAACUUGACGGAGCGGCAGGUGGAGAGGUGGUUUAGGAUCAGGCGGAGUCAAGGAAAGCCUUGCAGGCUGCAGAAGUUUCAGGAAGCUUGCUGGCGAUUUACAUUUUACCUACUGAUUACAAUUGCUGGAAUUGCAUUUCUUUAUGAUAAACCAUGGGCAUAUGACCUCUGGCAGGUUUGGGUUGGCUAUCCCAGACAGCCCUUGCUGCCAUCUCAGUACUGGUACUACAUAAUAGAGAUGAGCUUCUAUUGGUCCCUGUUGUUUAGUGUUGGCUCUGAUGUCAAAAGGAAGGACUUUCUGGCCAAUGUUGUCCACCACCUGGCUGCUCUUAUCUUGAUGGGCUUUUCCUGGUGUGCUAAUUACAUUCGUGGAGGGACCCUGGUGAUGGUGGUACACGACGUGGCUGACAUUUGGCUGGAGUCUGCGAAGAUGUUUUCUUAUGCUGGAUGGACGAAAACCUGUAAUGCUCUCUUUUUCAUCUUCUCUUUCGUGUUUUUCUUCAGCCGCUUCAUCAUUUACCCCUUCUGGAUUUUGUACUGCACAAUUAUUCUGCCUUUGCAUUACCUUGAGCCUUUCUUUCCAUACAUCUUCCUCAACCUGCAGCUCAUAGUCCUUCAAAUUCUUCACCUUUACUGGGGUUAUCUCAUCUUGAAGGUGCUCAAAAAAUGUAUAUUCAAUGAGACCGUCCAGGAUGUGAGGAGUGAUGAUGAAGAGGAAGAGGAAGAUGAGGAAGAGGAAAAGGACACCAAGAGCAAUGAAAUAAUGUGUGUGAAGAACGGACUUGGGGUCGACAGGCACCUCAUUCCCAAUGGGCAGCACAGCCGUUAACUUGAAGCACACGCAACUGGCUGACAGGACCCCCCUGGGACCCCAGGGUGCCCUUCUUUCUUUUGGGGGGAAUCUCCUAUGUUGACCAGACUGGCCUAGAACUCACAGACUUCCUGCCUCAGCCUCCAAAUAGCUGGGAUUACAGGUGUCCACCACCAGCCCCUGCCCCCUCCAUCUUUCUAACCCUCCUUUCCUCCUAAGAUAUUGUUAACCAGUGUGAAAUGUUAAACUCAACGCAUGUCCAUGGGUUUUUCUUGGAGUUAGAACUCAGACUUGUCAGAGAUUUCAAAGAUGCCUCCAGAGCCCCGUUUUCUGUUCCAGUGUCAUGCCUCGGUGCACUUGAGCUUGAGGCUUCUGACUUUCCCAAGAUCCCCUU